GAAAAGCACAACCCCUUGUUGUGUCGCUGAGUGCUAAUAGCCAAGUAAAUAAGCAAAUCUCAGUUCAAUAAGAUUGUAAUGGAUGGAGCAAGUUUAUCAGACAAGUAGAAAAUAGGAAAGGAAGGGUCUGCUGCUAUCUGGUGACUCUUAGGUGUGCAUUUCCUCCCAGCUCUUCACCUCCUGCUAUUCACAAAUGACUACGAGCCUCGCUUCUUCAAUCUUCCGUAAAGGAUAGUAUUGGUUCUGUGUUUGAAGAGACCUGUGCCAGUUUUGCCUGGAGGUAGCUCAGAGAUGGACCCCCGCUGGCUGCUUGCUUGAAGGAAGAGAAAACCCAUUCAGGAGAGACUCUUCUUCAUUGCCUCAUCCUAUGGAGGAAUCACCACUGCCCAUCCACAUUGAGGAGGGGACUGAAGUCCCGACUGCCAAAAAGGACUUGAUUGCUCUUGGCAUCAGGCAGAUCUGGACCCAGAAGACCACAGAAAGCAGAAAUAUGGCAACAAAGGAAAAGCUUCAGUGCUUGAAAGACUUCCACAAGGAUAUCCUCAAACCCUCCCCUGGCAAGAGCCCGGGGACACGGCCUGAGGAUGAGGCCGAAGGAAAGCCACCCCAGAGGGAGAAGUGGGCGAGCAAGAUCGACUUCCUGCUGUCUGUGGCUGGGGGCUUCAUUGGCUUAGGCAAUGUCUGGCGGUUCCCGUAUCUCUGCUACAAAAACGGCGGAGGUGCAUUUCUUAUACCUUAUUUCAUUUUCCUGUUUGGGGGAGGUCUUCCCGUGUUUUUCCUGGAGGUGGUGCUAGGACAGUAUACCUCUGAAGGUGGAAUCACAUGCUGGGAAAAGAUCUGCCCUAUUUUCACUGGAAUUGGUUAUGCUUCCAUAGUGAUUGUGUCCCUUCUGAAUGUGUACUACAUCGUGAUCCUGGCCUGGGGACUCUACUACCUGUUCCAGUCGUUCCAGAGCGUCCUGCCAUGGGCACACUGCCACCAGAAGUGGAACACACCAACCUGCGUGGAAGACACUCUCAGGAAGAACAAGACACUCUGGAUAUCACUGAAUGCCACUAACUUCACCUCUCCUGUCACAGAGUUUUGGGAGCGCAAUGUACUGAGCUUGUCCUCGGGAAUUGAAGAUAUUGGUAUUAUCAAGUGGGAUCUAGCCCUGUGUCUUCUCCUCGUCUGGGUGAUAUGUUUCUUCUGCAUUUGGAAAGGAGUCAAAUCCACUGGGAAAGUAGUGUACAUCACUGCCACGUUCCCGUUCAUCAUGCUCCUUGUUCUACUCAUCCGUGGUGUGACCUUGCCUGGAGCUGCAGAAGGCAUCAAGUUUUAUCUUUACCCUGAUAUCUCACGGUUAGCUGACCCACAGGUCUGGAUAGAUGCAGGGACACAAAUCUUCUUCUCAUAUGCAAUCUGCUUAGGAGCAAUGACUUCCCUGGGGAGCUACAACAAAUACAAAUACAACUGCUAUAGGGACUGUUUGCUGCUGGGAUGCCUGAACAGUGGUACCAGUUUUGUGUCUGGCUUCGCAAUUUUUUCCGUCCUGGGCUUCAUGGCACAAGAGCAAGGGGUGAACAUUGCUGAUGUGGCAGAGUCAGGUCCAGGCCUGGCCUUCAUUGCCUACCCAAAAGCUGUGUCCAUGAUGCCGCUGCCCACCUUUUGGGCAAUCCUUUUUUUUAUUAUGCUUCUGUUGCUUGGACUGGAUAGCCAGUUUGUUGAAGUUGAAGGACAGAUCACGUCAUUAGUUGAUCUGCACCCAUCCUUCCUAAGGAAGGGUUACCGACGGGAAAUCUUCAUCGCUAUAGUAUGUUUCCUUAGCUAUCUUCUGGGACUAACUAUGGUGACUGAGGGUGGCAUGUAUGUUUUUCAACUCUUUGACUACUAUGCAGCUAGUGGUGUAUGCCUUUUGUGGGUUGCAUUCUUUGAAUGUAUUGCUGUAGCCUGGGUUUAUGGCGCUGAUAAUAUUUAUGAUGCCAUUGAGGACAUGAUUGGAUACAGACCUGGUCCCUGGAUGAAAUGGAGCUGGAUUGUGAUCACACCAGUUCUUUGUGUGGGGUGCUUUAUCUUUUCUUUGGCCAAGUACAAACCACUGACCUACAACAAGGUCUACACGUACCCAGACUGGGCAAUUGGCCUGGGCUGGGUUCUUGCCCUUUCCUCCAUGAUCUGCAUCCCUAUGGUGAUGGUCAUCCGCAUCAUACAGUCAGACGGGUCGCUCAUUGAGAGGAUAAAAGCGGUGGCAGCCCCCAAGGAGGUGAAUCGGUGGUCCAAAGAAACAGAGAGUGCCACCCCAUUCUGCCCCAAUGGAACUUCGAAUGGCGGAUUGAUCAAGCCAACUCAUAUCAUUGUGGAAACCAUGAUGUGAGCUCUCUCUGUGAGAGGAGAAACCUGCUUUAACUGCCGUUUACUAACCAUAGAUUCUUAUAGGACCAGGUUUACAGAGCUUUAUAUUUGCACUAGGAUUUAUUUUUAUUUCUCACAGAGAAAGUUAUUUUUUGUGUGUGGUUUUGUUUUUUUUUUUUUAAAGUUUUGUAAGGUAAUCACAGCAGAUGCCUCUCUGUAGAGGGAGAGCUUUCAUAUCAGACUAGACAUAUUACAGGAAUUUACUAGUAUUGGGUUUUUUUAAACAUAUAUAUCUUUAUCUCAAAAUACUAUACACCUUACCACUUGAAUCGAUUGUCUUGCCAGCAAUACAUUCAAGUCUCAGAAAGCAAUUUUAGGUGCUGGUAUGGUUGGGAGCAGGGUAACCUACAGAACACGCAAAAGGAGCUCUGUUGAGAGAUGUACUUAAAGAAAACUAAUGCUGUUUGUUUGAAGAGGAUUUGUAAAGGUGUAGUAUUGCCACCCUCUGGUUCAAUUGUGGUAAACGACAGGCUUCAGGGGACACUAGGGAAUGUUGCAUUUAGCACAGUCCUUGAGUAAAGAUAGAGCCGGGCAACUGGAGCAGAGAGUUUGCAAGGGAGGCAGAGAAGUUGGGGGUGAAAAGCCUUAGGGCUGUCCCUUCCCAAGCACGGCGUUGGGACCCUGUCACAUAGAUGAGAAGGGGACUUUAGGAAGGCGUUUGCAGGAUUUAGCAUGGUUCAUUCUUUGAUUUUUAUCUUUAUUUUGUUUAGGUUUGGGGGUUUUGAUUUACUUAAGUGAAAUGCCUGCAGUUUGUGCGAGAGCGGGGAGGUUGCUCCUGAUGCUGUAUGCUCCGAGGUAUUUGCUCCUGAGUCUCUACCAAAGCAUGUUUUUAGUGUGGUGGCACUGGUGUAAACCUGAAUUCUGCAAACCAGGAGGGUUUGAAGCAGCUGCCCUCUGGGUGCUUCAGAUGUUCCCUUGUGGACUUUGAUUUUGGGCAGGAAAAGGAAAGAAUCCCUUCUGGACUCUGACUGUCCAAAGGUGAACACAAACCAAGUCAAACCCAAUAGGAGGAACAGAACCACUCACCUACACCGGGUGUAACCAGUGACAGAGUUGUUAAUAAUAAUAGUAAUGAAGAUAAUAAUAUCACUCAGCAAACAGGUGCUUUUCAUCCAUGUAUCUCAAAAAUGCUUUGCCAAGUGUGGGAACCAGGAUUUGCUUUAUUUAUAUGGGGUGGGUUGUUACUGUUGGGGGAACAGACAAAAGGACUAAAAGUCCCUUGUCCUAUGUUACUAAAUAGCAGCAGUGGACCUAGGGCCCCCCGAAUCCUUGCCCAUCAUUGGGUUAAACCAUGAUUUGUAUGAUAUUUUUGAGGGGUGGGGGUGGUAGACGUAUUUAUGAGGUUUAUGAAUCUUACCUGCUGAAGAAACAGGGCUUUCAGGGUUUUAAGUUUAAGCAAAGGGAACAUGUAACACUGAAAUAUUUUGUCUUUGGUCAGAAGGAAUUUUGUACUGUUCCAGGUUAGACUGUGGAGUGAAGAGAAACCACUACAAGGAGUGUAGGAAUGGGGGUUCUACUUUGUGUGGGCCAGGUGGAUGUUUCCAUGGGGAAUUACUCCAUGAAGAAUGGCCAAAGUGUGGGCGAAAGCCUUUUUGGGGUUAGUUUUUUUGGGGGAUGGGGGUUUUUUCUCUUUAAACUUGAUCAGGUUGUGCUGGGAACAGGUUCUCUGGCAAAACUCAGCCUUUUCUUGUGGGCAUUCUCAUAGAGGGAGAAGGGUUUUUUUCUUCUUAUGAUACCACAGUUAGGCUUUCCAAAGCUAUUUAGUGGAACUGCUUGAGAAAAGCAGAGUUUGUGGCUGCUUAUUCUGCUGCCAGCUUAGUCUGUGGGGGCAGAGUUUGUCAUUUAAACUGAACAUAUCCAGUUCUUCACAUUCCUACACAGCAGUUCAUUCAUUUCUUCUUGUCCCGUGGGCUAACCGGCCGCAGCAGCACAAACACUCCUCGGUGAGCUUGUUGGUUUUCUUUUCUCAGAAAAGGGGUGAUUUAAAACUUAAGAGAUGGACCAAAAUAAUGUAAAAACAAAAGUGGCUGCAUCCGUACCUUUCAAAACCUUGCUAGUUUGAACUUGUACACGUUUUUCCGUCAGAUAGCCGAGUUGCAGCAGCAAACCCAGCCGUGGCAGAAUUGCUUUUGGUUUCUUUUUCUGGUUGUUGUAUGGUGAGAGUUAUAAAUGAAACAUUUCCAUAGCUGGAGAUGGCGAACAUCUCAUGGCACCUGAUGGGCCAGUGGCAAGAGCCAUCCAAAAGUCACUGGAGGAAUUCUGUGAGGUAGUGGGUGUCACUUUGUGCCCAAAAUAAAGCACACACCAUGCAUAGAGGUAAUUUGGGGUGUUUUCUAAUAGCCUUAAACCAUCAAAGCCAAGGAAAUGUAAUCAAACAUAACUUUCUUAGUGGGCUUCAGCUUGGACCCUCAUUUUUGAGUUACAGUUAGUGUCUGCAGUAAACAGGCACGCUUGCCUGGGUGAAAAGGGAGUACUGUGUUAAGGGGUUUUAACUUAAUGGUUUCUGUGAGUGCAGAUGAAACACUGAUGCUUGAUUUUUAUUCUUACUUUAUUUUAUAUAUAUGUUGUCAUACAGCUGCGUUUGAGAUACAGUUUGCACAUCACUUUCAUGCUAUAGACCUAAGAUGAGCUUUUAGUUUGGAAAAGAAAAUGGUUUGGCUACAUCCAAGAAAUCUCCAGAGAGUGGAGGUGGUGUUUGGCCAUCUCCACAUUGUGGAGAUGCUUGAUGCAUUGUGUCUUUGCUUGAGGAACCAGAGGGCUAAUACUACACCUUUCAAAGUACAACUACCAGAACCCAGCCCCCUUUGGGUAGAAACUGUGCCAUUCAAAUCCGUCGCUUCCAUGUACCAAGUGAAAACGUCUCGCACGGAUGCAACAACCUCAUUAAAGCAUUCUCUGUGUCACCAUCUCCAGCCCUGCUGUGCUCCUUAGGAUGCAGAGGAGGGCUGGGACUCACAAAGAGCUAAGAAAUGAUGGUUUCUGGAAAACAGCUCCCCUCUCCCCUCUUCCCUCCGACAGUAAUAUAGUUAAUUCUAAUUGUUUUCUCUGGGGGUUGAGUUCCGAUGAGCACACUCACAUUUUUACAGUUUUGGUGGUUUUCCUAACACUUUGAUCAGAUUUCUGAGCUUUUCUUGGUGAUAAAUCUGCAUUGCAACAUGAUCCACUGCCAAAUUUAUUAAAAAACACUUUUUUUACAAAGUCUGUGUUUUCUACCUAUUUCUGACUGCAAACAACACUGAUUUCCCCCUCCCCCCAUUUUAUUUGUUUAAUCACUUGAGACCUAUUUUACCUGUUUUCUGUAAAUGAGGAACUCUAUAUUAAAACGUCAUGACUAGUCACAGAUGAACUGGUUUGGAGCCAGGGAGUUAAUGCACCUUUAGCAUGAGAUCUUUAGAACCAGCUCCCUGAGUUUAAAACCAGACUGAACCAAGAGGAAAACCCCACACCUUUUCAUAAUGUACCUUUGUAUUCAUGGGUUCUUCUGGGCUUGAAAACAGCAGUUUCAGCAGUGUUUAUUUCCAGCUGAACUAAAAUCCAGAGACAGUAGAAAUGUAAAGGGGAAUGUCUAUCCCACCGGAUUCUCCAACCUGUUUCUUACUUUUCUCAAUUCUCCAAAUGUUUUCAGUUCACCUGUCACUAGUUAUGAUCUUACUGAAUGAGCAUCUAUUGUAAGGGACUUUACCAGUAGUUUGUAUUUCGGUAUUUAAGCAGUAUGGUUUCAUAAGUAGAACUGGUUUUUAUUGUUGCUACUGUUCUCAUUUCCCUCCUCAUCCAUAGCUUUCCUUUUCAUCUGGUCCAAACAGAUCCACACACUUAGAUAAGUCCUCUUUAAAGUGUGAGAUAGUAGGUCCACAAUGGAUUUGUUCUUGUGCUCUAAAUGAAAACACAAAAGCCUAGGAGCUGUAUUGGCCAUCUAGAACAAUGCUGGCGGUCACCCUGCAGCAGCAGCGCAGCUCCUGGAGUGGAGGGAUGUUGGGAAUGGCCUGCUGAAGAGGCUCAGCAAAGCUGAUUUUCGCUGCUGUUCUUGUGGAGAGGAGGUAAAGAGGAAAGGGGAAAAUAAAAAGGACGCAGCCUUACAGUUGCUGUAACACAAAAAAAACC